AUGGAAAUUGGCGUGUUCAUCCCAAUCGGCAAUAAUGGCUGGCUCAUUAGUACCAAUUCCCCCCAAUACAUGCCCAGUUUCGAGUUGAACAAGCAAAUUGUUCAAAAGGCAGAGAAAUAUAAUCUUGAUUUCGCUCUUAGCAUGAUCAAGCUCCGAGGGUUCGGAGGGAAGACCGAGUUUUGGGAUCACAACCUUGAAUCCUUCACUCUGAUGGCAGGUCUCGCCGCAGUCACUUCAAAGAUCAAGCUCUUCGCAUCUACAGCUAUUCUCACUCUGCCACCAGCUCUCGUUGCGCGUAUGGCGACAACGAUCGACUCGAUUGCGCCUGGUCGAUUCGGAAUCAACAUCGUGACGGGCUGGCAGGAAGCUGAAUACAGUCAGAUGGGUAUUUGGCCAGGAAACGCGUAUUUCGGCUACAGAUACGAUUAUGCUACGGAGUAUGUCCAGGUCAUGAAGGAACUGUGGGUAAAGGGAGUCUCGAACUUUCAGGGAAAGCACUUUACUAUGAAAGACUGUAAGAUGUCGCCGCAGCCAUCAAAAGAGAUCAAGAUUGUGGCGGCGGGCCAGAGCGGACGGGGCAUGGAGUUUGCUUCUCAAUAUGCGGACUUCAACUUUGUCAUGGGAGUUGGGAUUAAUAGUCCGACUGCUGUUGCGCCUGCGAAUGAACGUCUAGUCGAAGCUGCCAAGAAGGCAGAAAGAGAUGUAGGAGCCUACGUUUUGUUCAUGGUUAUUGCGGAUGAGACCGACGAGCUUGCUCAGGCGAAGUGGGAUAGCUAUCGUGAGGGGGCUGAUGUGGAUGCUCUUGCGUGGAUGGCUGACCAAGGGAGUAAAGAUACAAAGGCGGAUGGGAGCGCUACGGCGAAGGCCAUCAACCUUCCUGAAGGUGCAGUCAACUUCAAUCAGGGGACUCUGAUAGGAUCAUAUGCAAAGGUAGCUGGUUUGUUAGAUGAGGCAGCGGGGACUCCAGGAACAAAGGGUAUCAUGUUAACGUUUGAUGACUUCCUUAUUGGACUUGACAACUUCGGAGAGAAGAUUCAGCCGUUGAUGAAAACUCUGCGACCGUUAUUGCGGCCCAGAAAGUUACAAUGCCUCUCCGCGCAAACUCCUCGAUACUUCUCCCAUUCCAUGCGAAGAGCAGAGUCUCCGUCACAACAACCUGCGACUAAUAAUGAGAGGACGACACAUUUUGGAUUCGAGACGGUAGCCGAGGCCGAGAAAGAGGCUAGAGUUGCGGGAGUCUUCGACAACGUAGCAGCCUCGUACGAUACCAUGAACGACUUCAUGUCCCUAGGAAUCCACCGUCUCUGGAAAGACCACUUCGUCCGCUCCAUCAACCCCGGCCUCUCCACCACAACCACCCCCUCAGCGGGCUGGACAAUGCUGGACAUCGCCGGCGGCACCGGCGACAUCGCCUUCCGCCUCCUCGACCACGCCACGCAGAUCAAUAACUCCCCUGCCUCUACCAUAACCAUCUCAGACAUAAACCCAUCUAUGCUCGCCGAGGGCCGGAAACGCUCGCUCGCCACCUCCUAUGCCAACUCGCCGCGAAUCUCCUGGCUCGUAGCUAAUGCGGAAAAGCUAGAUACUAUUCCCAGCAACAGUAUCGAUCUAUACACUGUAGCAUUCGGCAUUAGGAAUUUUACGAAUAAAGACGUUGCGUUGAGAGAAGCUUAUAGAGUGUUGAAACCGGGUGGAGUUUUCGCGUGUUUGGAGUUUAGUGGUGUGAAGAAUCCGUUGCUCGAUGCUAUUUAUAAAAGGUGGAGUUUUGGGGCUAUACCGUUGCUUGGGCAGUUAGUUGCGGGGGAUAGGGAGAGUUAUCAGUAUUUGGUGGAGAGUAUUGAGCAGUUUCCCAAGCAGGAGCAGUUUAGGGACAUGAUCAAAGAAGCGGGGUUUGUGGUUCCUGGGAAGGGAUGGGAGGACUUGACGUUUGGAGUAGCCGCUAUCCAUAAGGGUGUGAAGCCUGUUGAAAAGCUUUAG